AAUGCAGAAGUAACAGCACAUCAAGUAUGUUCCCCAACUGGCGGUGAGUAUAACCAGAUGUGUUUCAAGAACACAGGCCAAAAAAUGACUCAUUCCCUCAAAAAUGGGAAUGAACAUUUCACUACAAUUCAUGCUUCAGACUUCAACUGAAGACAUUACCAGAAGACUUCUCUUACCAAGGACAAUCAAAACUCAAGACUUGUUGAUCCAAGAUGGUGGUGCAUUUGACGUACAUGGAUCUGCUGAAAUACAUAUAUUUAUUUACAUAUCUAUGGCUGGCAACCCCGGCUGCACCAGAUACACAGGAACUGUCAGCUCAAGACGCCAGAAAAAAAACAUUCAAAGGACAUGCAGAGACUCCAGACAUGGACACAGAUCACAUUGAAGUGGCAGCCCUGGGAAGACCUCUUUUCCCUGGUAUGCUUUAUGACUGCCGUAAGGAUUCCUUCAUUCCAGGUAUUACUCUGUGGGAUAAGAAAUCAUUGAAGAAUGAUUUGGACACCCAUCCACAGCCCCAGACAGAUUUGAAGUUCAGUAGCUCUGACUCUCUCUCUGAUAAGUCCAGUCUCAUGGAUAUAAGUGCUUCCCUGAAGGUCAGUUUCUUGGGAGGGCUGGUGGAGGUGAGAGGAUCUGCCAAGUACCUGCAUGACACCAAAUCCUCAAACCAACAGUCCAGAGUUACAAUUUAUUACCGUGAGACCACAAGAUUUGAACAACUCACUAUGACUCAGCUGGGUAAUAUCACCUACCCUGAGGUAUUUGACCAGAAAACUGCAACUCAUGUGGUCACAGCUGUACUGUAUGGAGCUCAGGCCUUCAUGGUGUUUGAUCGGACAUUUUCAAAAGAGGAAAAAGAGCAGGAUAUUGAGGGUGAACUGAAUGUAAUGGUCAAGAAUAUCCCUGAAUAUUCUAUUGAGGGAAAAGGAUCUGUAAACAUGACAGAUAAUGAUAAGAAAAUAGCUGAGAAUAUUGCCUGCACAUUUCAUGGUGACAUCCAUCUUGAGCAAAACCCCACCACAUACAUGGAUGCCUUGGAUUUGUACAAGCAGCUCCCCACUCUGCUGAAGGAGAAUCCACAGAAUGCAGUUCCAGUAAAAGUCUGGCUUUUUCCUCUUCAUCUACUGAAUACAAAAGCAGCUCAGUUAGUGAGAGAAAUCAGCACAAGUCUGGUUUCCAACACUGAAGAUAUAAUGAAGGUACUGGAUGAGGCAGAGAGAACAUCCAAUGACCUCUUAAAAAAUACUCUGGUAAAUGUUUUCAGGGACCUCAAAGAAAGGCUACUGUCAUUUCAGGAUUCAUUUAGAACUUACAAAACAGUCCUUCAGAAAGCUGUCAGCAGGGUCUUGCCUGCUAUUCGAGGAGAAGAAGGAAUGAAGGAGAAGUCACUAGAAGACAUCCUGAAGAUUCACUAUGAAUCCCCUUUUAAUGCUGGCAAGCUUAACCAGUGGUUAGAUGAUGCAAAUUCUGAACUUAACAUCUUGAGUUCUUCCAUUGAGAAACUGGAGGGAAUCAAAAUUGAAAACUCAGACGGUCUCAACACCAUCCUACUUGAUCCCGAUAUUGAUGUUGUGGUGUGCUUUACCUUCACAUCUCUGAAUGAAGACCCGUAUGUUUCAGCCCUGAAGGAGUUUCUGAAAUCUGACAAGUUUAAAGAGCUUGAUAAGAAUGAGACCUUGUUUUCUGUGGCGUCUGGAGGAAAGUGGAUCAAUGAUCCUGAUGUCAUUAAAAAGAUGAGAGAUAACUUAUCUAAUUUCAGAGGUUUUUCAGAGGCCAAUAAAGAUGAAAAGAAAAUCAGGUUCAUUAUGUCUGUAAUCUCCAAUCCCUCUAAUAAAGGCUCCUCCAUCUAUCUGUAUGAAAAAGGAAAACUGAAGGACACACAGUUCCAGCCCGUGACCAAACCGCCCCCACCAAUAGUGAAGGGUGUCCAGUCCAACACUGUGUCCCUGAAACUGCAGAAAUCUCCAACCGGAGAAACAGUGAAGUACAGAGUGGAGUACAAGCAAGAAAAAAAUCAGUGGCUUUUCUUAAACACACCUGAUGAAGACUUUACUCUGACUGGACUGGUGUCUGGAAAGCAGUACUUGAUACGCUACAGGAUAGUGGGUAUAGUGGGAGUGAGUGAAGCCAGUGACACUGUUAGCUCUAUGCCAUCCUCAGUUCAACCUAAAACAAUACCUGACAGGUGCUGGUGUCUGGAGACUAAGAAAUAUGUCAGAAAGGAAACUGUUGAAGAGUUCUCCAUUUUCCCUAUAAGACCACGCUGUAACAACGUAGAAAUCAUACUGACACUAAAACCUGUGAAUAAUUUCAUCCAGCGCUGCUUGAAUCCAAAUUCAGCGCAAGGCAAGAACCUGCAGACUUGCUGGAAGAGGAACAUCAAUAACACCUCCACUUUUAAGAUGUCCAAUUGCCAAUUACCUAAUCCAUGAAUGAAAGUGCAGAAGAUCAAGGGAGGACUGAUUGAGUUGAAACACUACAAGUGGAAUUCCAUUCUGUCACAUGACCCAACACUGCCAAUCAGAAUCCUGGGAUCUGAGUGUUGGCCUCAUGCAGCUAAUGGGAAAUCACAGAAG